AUGUUUACAUUAAAAUUGGGUUGCAUCGAAUCGGCUGUCGAUCCCUCCUCUGACCCUCGGCGUCCCUCUUCCUUGGGCAUGUCGCCUGGGGAUUCACAUCAUCCAAAUCCCGUGCUUGGCCUCUCACCUUCCAUCAACAUUCCCUUCGCAAGCCUCAGGCCGUCAGGAGAGUCACUUCUACCAAACGGCGGUGCCUCGACAGAAUUUCCCGCUUCAGGAAACGUUAUCCCCGGUACCACUUCUGGUCUGACCACCACAACCACUCUGAUGGGCACGGACACUAGCUCCGAGGGGAGUUCUUGCAAUCUGGUUGACCCUUGUCUGUUGGAUAGCUCUUCUGCCACCAUCAGUGCUGAAGCAGUCGAAUCGGAACCUCGAAGGUCCGCCUCCGGUGGCUUCAUCGGUCCCGGAGAUCCCGUCUGUUCUGCAACUCUCUUGACCACUGAAGAACAGAACAUCGGUGCGAAUGCGAAUGCACUCCAAGACUCCUCUGAUGGC